UUCACAACUUUUAAACCUGGUGAUGUUGUUUUAUUACGAUCAGUGGUUCGUGGUGAUAAAAUAUGGUUAUCUAAACCUUUGGAAUUCGGUGGUAAGACUGAUGUAAAUAACGGUUCAAUUAACCAUGAUAAAUUAUUCAAUCUUAGGUCAAGAAGCAUAUUGAAAUCCACAAAUGGUAAAUCAUCAUAUAUUGCAACAUUAGCAACUACUGAGGACUACAUAACUUUGGGUCAAAGAGAUGCUCAACCAAUCUACCCUUAUGAUGCAGCUGCUAUAGUGACAUUAGCUGAUUUACAUUAUGAUUUCCCAGAAUUAACAAAUGAUAAUCAAUUGGUCGGAUCACCAAUACAAAUCUUGGAGGCUGGUACUGGUCAUGGGUCAUUGGCAUUAGCCAUCUGUUCAAGAUUACAUCCAACAAAUUGUUUUUUGCAAAAAUUUAACGUUAGAGGUGGAAUAUUACAUUCGAUUGAUUGUAAUACAAAUCAUUCUAGAAGAGGUGAGAUUACAUUGGAACAUUUUAAAAGAGGGAUGUAUAGAGAUGAUGUAAAGUUCCAUCUUGCAGAAUCACCUGUGGAUUGGCUUCAAAAUCAUAGUGAAGGAUGGAAAUUGCUUGAAAAACAUGAUGAAUCUGAAAGCUUGGAAGAUAAAGAAGGAUUUUUAAGUGCAGCUUUCCUAGAUAUGCCAGAAAUUUCUUCCAAUGUUUCACAAAUUUCCAAAAAUUUAAAACAAGAUGCAUCAUUAGUUAUCUUUUGCCCUUCAGUAACUCAAAUAUUGGAAGUUAUUAAAACCAUUAAAGAUAGUGAAGGUGAAAUUAAACUUUCACAUAUUAGAACCAUUCAAUUAGCACCUGGUAUGGGUGGUGGAUUACAAGAUUGGGAUGUUAGAUUUACACAUAUCAGAGCUUCAAACGAAGAAGGAAUAGUUUGUCGACCAAAAGUUGCAUCAAGAGUUGUUGGAGGUGGAUUCGUGGCCAUUUUUAAAAAACUACCAAAUGAUGCUCAA